AUGGUUGUCUACUACCAGAUCGCCGGCAAGAAGGUCGGCUCCCACGUCCUCGCCAUGGCCACCCUCGGCAGCAUCUUCGCCGGUUCCUGGCUCGCCGCUGGCGGUGGUGAGAAGCCCAAGACCGCCCAGGGCCCUCCCAUCAACGCCUCCUCCAAGGAUGAGGAGAACUUCAUCCAGUAUGUUCACGUCCUGCCGAACGGCCCUUCGCAACCCCCGGACCGAGCGAAAUAUAUAUGCAACCCGAAUUGUUUGCUGACCACUCGCUUCUCACACAGGAACUUCAUGAAGGAGGUCGAUGGAGGCGAGAAAAAGCCCGCUCAGCACUAA